GGCGCCGCGCUAGCCCCCUCUCUCGCUCCCGCCAGGGAAAGCGCGGGGCAGCCGGCGGCCGGCCGCAGAGUGGGGCAGGCGACUGCGCUGCGCGGGAGCCCGGCCACCGCUAACUCUGGGCCCCAAGGAGGAGUGAGACCCCGCGAAGGGCUUCUUCCUGAGGGCGCACGCACCAACCCCCACCCCGUCUCCGCCCAUUUCUGCCGGGUUCCAGACUCGAUCCCUGGAGCGCAGAGGUAGAGGCGCGGGCAGGCCAGCCAGCGCCUGGAGACUCCCUCGCCCUGCCAGGGCGGAGUGGCCCGCUGUGCCCUCUCCAGAGCCGGUGGGAGUGGGCAGCAUGGAGGGGGAGCCCUCCCAGCCUCCUAACAGCAGCUGGCCCCCAAGCCAGAACACGAGUCAAGCCAAGGCCACCCCAGCUGCAAAUCUCACCUUCUCCUCCUACUACCAGCACUCCUCCCCAGUGGCAGCCAUGUUCAUUGUGGCCUACGUGCUCAUCUUCCUCCUCUGCAUGGUGGGCAACGCCCUGGUCUGCUUCAUCGUGCUCAAGAACAGGCACAUGCGCACCGUCACCAACAUGUUCAUCCUCAACCUGGCCGUCAGUGACCUGCUGGUGGGCAUCUUCUGCAUGCCCACUACCCUCGUGGACAACCUCAUCACUGGGUGGCCCUUUGACAACGCCACGUGCAAGAUGAGCGGCUUGGUGCAGGGCAUGUCCGUGUCGGCGUCUGUGUUCACACUGGUGGCCAUUGCUGUGGAAAGGUUCCGCUGCAUCGUGCACCCUUUCCGCGAGAAGCUGACCGUGCGCAAGGCGCUGGUCGCCAUCGCAGUCAUCUGGGCCCUGGCCCUGCUCAUCAUGUGUCCCUCGGCCGUCACGCUGACCGUCACGCGCGAGGAGCACCACUUCAUGGUGGACGCCCGCAACCGCUCCUACCCGCUCUACUCGUGCUGGGAGGCCUGGCCCGAGAAGGGCAUGCGCCGGGUCUACACCACCGUGCUCUUCUCGCACAUCUACCUGGCGCCGCUGGCACUCAUCGUGCUCAUGUACGCGCGCAUCGCCCGCAAGCUCUGCAAGGCCUCGGGGCCCGCGCAGGCCGGCGGGGAAACGGCGCCCCAAGGCCGCCCUGGGGCCCGGCGCAGGGCCAGGGUGGUGCACAUGCUGGUCAUGGUGGCGCUGGUCUUCACGCUGUCCUGGCUGCCGCUCUGGGCGCUGCUGCUGCUCAUCGACUACGGCCAGCUCAGCGAGCCGCAGCUGCACCUGGUCACCGUCUACGCCUUCCCCUUCGCGCACUGGUUGGCCUUCUUCAAUAGCAGCGCCAACCCCAUCAUCUACGGCUACUUCAACGAGAACUUCCGCCGCGGCUUCCAGGCCGCCUUCCGCGCGCAGUUCUGCCUGCCACAGUGGGCCGGCCCCAAGGAGGCCUACUCCGAGCCUCUGCCCGGGGAGCUCUUGCGCGCCCGGCUCUCUGCGGAGGGGCAGCCCGGUGACUCCGGCCUGCCCUCGGAGUCCGGCCAGAGCAGCGGGGCAGCCCGCUCUGGCCGCCUCCCCCUGCGCGGGGGCCGGGUGGCCCAUCAUGGCUUGGCAGGGGAGGGUCCUGGCUGUGGCCACCUGCCCCUCACCAUACCGGCUUGGGAUAUUUGAGUGGUACUGGGAGGGCUGGCCCUUGAUCCCCGGAGCAGGGGUCCCCCGAGGGGAGGGGGUGGGGUGCCUGGACAGGAUAGCAACGGGGGUAGUGGGGGGAGGCAGUGCCGCAUGCCUCCUUCUCCCCUGCAGGACGGUGGCAGAGGCUAGAGCUAUCUGGUCUACUGCUUUCCACCUCAGAGAGAGGGAAGGAGCCGACUUCCCAGCAAACCCUUCCUCCCGUGUCGGACUCCACACACACCCUCUCGCUGAAUCCUUACAAUGCUUUGGAAGUGGGUCUUCUUUCCCCUUCUACGGAUGCAGACGCGAAACUGAGGACCCGAGAGGAGGUGUGGCUAGCCUGGGCUCUCAGCGGGGGUAAUCUCCUGGGAGCCUGACGCCAGGGCCUGGAGGGACAUCUCCAGCGGUCUCCAGGAGGACCCGUUAAGGUGGGCCACACUGAAAUGGGUGAAUCCUAGUGACAUGGCUGGGAAAGAGCAACAAGAAGUUGUCCUGCCCAUUUGUCACAUAGUGUUCCUGUCCUGGAAUCCCUUAUGUGUUACCUAAGCACCUCUGCUUCACCCCCUCCUAGGAGAACACAGUGUGCCUCUCCUGCCCACUCCCUGUAGAUUUGUUCCAAGAUGUGUUCUGGGCCAUUCUCUUUUUCUCAGAGUGCUACAACGGGACAUCACAUCUAAGCAGCUGCACAGGGAGUGUCCUUUGCAGACACUCUGGGUCUUGCCCUUUGGGUCCCUGCCCGGAGGAGAGAAGAGGGGGUACUGUUCUCCCUCCUCUCCUCAUAGGGCCCCCUGCCAUCCCCCAGCCUCCCCCCACCCCUGAACUUUCAAGGUGAUAGACAGAUGUCAGGCCACCUGGAGGCCUCUGUUUACUUAUUCAUGGAGAGGAGGAAGGAAAAGCGCAGUACCUACUUUCUGCUUCUGGAAAUACAUCAGCCCACUGGAGCUGGGAGCACAAAGCCUUCCCACACUGCCGGGUUCCGGGUUUCCGCAGGGAGCUGGCCAAUCAGAGCUCAGGUGGCCUCAGGGCCUCCUGGAGGUCAAACUCUACACCUCUCCCUAGUACAGAUAGCUCCUGCCUUCUGAAAACAGGUGGAGACCAGGAGGCCCUUUGUUUUUUCUAUCACUCAGGACACUUGCCUCACCUUGAAGAAAUGAGGAUUCUCUCGGGGAGGUGGGAGGAAAUGGGAUUGCCUCAGUGAUCGCUGCAAGGCCCCGGUAACCUGAACUUCAUUGGACAUUUCUCCUCUUCUCUCUGUAGAAAACACGAUGUUGCUAGAAUGUCCGUGCUUGGCAAAUGACUAUUUCCAGGGCUCAGUCCAGACAAUGCCGCUCGGAGGCUUGUUGGUUUUUGUAAGGGACACACAAUGACUUAACCCUGUUUUACGCCCUCGAAGUACUGGACAAAGGGAGCAGAUUAAACUUUGGAGGGCUUGUACAGUACAUUCUCCGAGCAUGUCCCCAGACACUGUCUUGUUGGAUCCAUGCGAAUUGUUGUUGUCGCCGUUCCACAGACAGAAUGACCGAGGCCACAAGGGCCGAAGGUCACAGGCCACAGAGUGGCAGGAUUUGGAUUAGAAUCUGUCUUCUGAUGGUUUCUUCCCACACUGCCGCUCAGGGAUGUGGAUUGGGUGUAAUGGGGAGGAGAACCGGACUUCUACAAAGGUUUUCUGCCUGACAGUGAACCAGAAAAUUCAUGAAUCUAGGAGUCCUUCAAGCUGUCAGUCUUGGAAAUGGGCAUCUCUUGUGUCUGCUCUUGUAAUAUCCAGACUAAAUUGUUCUGUGCUCAAUAUCCAUAACCCAUGUACCGGGCAGGCCCCCGACAGCCUGGUCCUGGUAUCUGGGGGUGAUGAAGGAGGGGUAGGCCAUCUUGUCCCUCAUUAGCUAGUGUACCAAUGGUCCCCAUUUCUGGUUGUUCUUUGUUAAGUGUCACAUAGGCCAGAGAGUUCCUGGCCGCUAAUUGUGAAGAACUCUGUCACCAGGCUCUAAAAUUUGGCUGGAGAAAACCCCAACGCUCAAACCCCAACGCUGGUCCCUGUGGCUGGGGGGGAUCUGUCCAGAGACACCGUCUGGUUUCUCCUCUGGCGUGUGUUUCUCCUUUAGCAUGCCCUCCCCAACCACAAAAUCACAGCCUUUAUAGCUGGGGGAGAACAGAGUGCUCACCCCAGCCAACCUUUCCACCAAGGCCCCUUUUGUUUUAUUUCCCCCCAAAAGAUGCUGUGCUUUGCAAGAUUGGGCCUGCCAAAAAAGCUGUACUAGGUCAUAAUUCAUAUAUUUGGCUGUUAUUUUUCUUUUUAAAAAUCAAUCAAUGGCUGUGCCUACCCAUUCAGAGAUUGGAUCUGAAUGGUAACAAGCAUGACUUUAUGCUUUCAUGAAAGGGUGAGGCCUUGCGGGUAUGCGCAGAAUGUUUGUUUUUUUAUGCAUGUUUUAAAAUAUACACAACAUAAAACUUACCAUUGUUAACAUUUCUAAGUGUGCGGUUCAGUGGCUAUAAGUGCAUUUACACUGAUGUGGAACUAUCACCACUGUAGAUUUCCAGAAUUUUUUUUUUAACAUCCCACACUCCAACUGUGGACCCAGUGAACACGAACUCUCCAUUCCUCCAGGCUUCUGGUAACCACCAUUCUACUUUCUGUGUCAAUGAAUUUGACUACUCUAUGUCCCUCACCCAAGUGGAAUCAAACAGUGUUUGUCUUUUUGUGUCUGACUUAUUUCACUGAGCAGAAUGUCUUUGCAGUUCAGCUGUACUGCAUCAUAUGCCAGAAUUUUCUUUUAUUUUGGGCUGGAUAACAUUACAUUGAUGUAUAUGCCGCAUUUGGUUUAGCCAUUCUUCCAUUGGUGGACAUGUGGGUUAUAUCCUCAUGUUGAUUAUUGUGAAUAAUAUGCAGACUUUUAAGACAUUAGAAGUUCCUGAAAAUAAUGCCUGUGUGACCCUAAGGACAGAGACCCCAGGUUAGAAACUUAGGAUUGCUCCCAACUCAGCAUUGAUGGGUAAGAAAGAAGAGAUCAAGGAAGCUGUGAUUUGUCUCAGUUCCCUGUGCUCAACCCACUGUUCUGAGCUUCUGCUGGGCUUUAUUUCUUCACCAGAGUGGCUGGAAAAUUGUAUGUU